AUGACACAGGAUCAGUAUUUCACUUUUGAAAACGAAGCUAGUUUACCUAAAUUACCAGUACCCCUGUUAGUUUCUACUACACAACAAUUAUUGGCUUCAUUGAAACCAUUAUUACCGCAAAAUGAGUAUGCCACGGUUGUUGAUGAGGCAACAGAGUUUGUUGGAAAUGAUAUAAUUAAUCUAAUUCAGAAACAUCUUGUUGCCAUUUCUGAAAAUGAAAACUACAACAACUAUUUGAACUUUGUUAAUGAUGAUAAAACUCCAUCAAUAUACGGAGAGAUUCGAGGUGAUAUAUUACCAAGAAACCCUUACCUUGUUUUGGAAGAAGACCCCUAUUCGAAAACCAUCAAUCCUCCUAACCAAGCCCAACGUGCGGCAAACUUGGUCAACUCCAGUUUGAAGUUUGCCAUCACAUUGAGAAAUGAAACUUUGAAACCUGAUGUGACUCCGAAAAAUGGCAACCCAUUAACGAUGAAAUGUUAUAUGGAUUUGUUUGGUACAACAAGAGAACCUGAGCAAGACGAUCAUGGUUUUGAUAUUAGAAUUAAAAAAUAUCAACACAUCAACGAUUCAAGACACAUUCUAAUCAUUUCAAAUAAUCAAUUCUACACUCUUGAGGUGCUCACUGAGUUUGACGAAAAUGAGUACCAAGAAACUAAUUCGAAGCAUAAAAUUUGGUUCAAUGAUUCAGAACUCUCGAAAAUUUUGCAGCAAAUAAUCGAUGAAUCAAAUAAAGUUGAUGCCGUGAACUCAAUCAGAAACUCCAUUGGGUCAAUCACUACCCAGACUUUGAAGUAUUGGAAGUUUGCUCGAUUGGAGUUAGAACAAUCAAAUAGCGAGAACUUGAAAUUAAUUGAUGAUGCCUUGUUUGUGUUGAUUUUGGACUCAAAUACUCCCGUCACUGAUGGUGAAAAGACUCAGGUUAUAUCUCAUGGUACUUCGGUUUUAUCCCUGGAUAAUGUGCAAGUUGGUACUUGUACAUCACGUUGGUAUGAUAAAUUACAAAUAGUUGUAACGAAAAACUCUGUUGCUGGGAUCGUUUGGGAAUCAAUGACCAUGGAUAGUACAGCAAUUUUACGGUUUAUCAGUGAUAUUUAUACUGACUCGGUAUUGAAAAUGGCAAAGAACAUUAAUGGUUCUGAAUAUACUUUGUUUGAUCCAAACAUUACGUUUGCCUCAAUGGGUAAAGACGGUGAUGGUGUGACUAAACCUGAACCAAGACUAAUUGAAUUUAACAAGACCAAGGCAUUACAACAUGUCAUUCAUCUUUCCGAAACCAGGUUGGCCGAUUUGCUUGAUCAACACGAGUAUAUGACUCAUACCAUCAAACUUGAUUCAUAUUUGACAAACAAAUUUAAUCUUUCGGUCGAUUCCAUCAUGCAAAUUUGUUUUCAAAUUGCUUAUUACUCCUUGUAUGGUCGAAUCGUUAAUACAUUGGAACCAAUCACUACCAGAAAGUUUCGUGAUGCAAGGACUGAAUUAGUUGCCGUUCAAAAUCAAUCGCUUGCCAAUUUGGUCAAACUCUAUAUUACCAAUGCUAGUACACUGGAGAAGUUUGAGGUAUUUAAAAAAUGUUGUACAUUGCAUAAAACACAAUAUCAUGAUGCCAUGAUGGGGAAAGGGUUCGAAAGACAUUUGAUGACAAUUGUCCAAGUGGUUAAAAAACCAAAAGUAAUAGCUCGUUUAAAUCAAAUUAAUACUCAUUUACCACCAAUCCCAGAAGAUUUAUGUCAAGAUGGAAUCAAUUUACCAUUAUUAUUAAAUCCAUCAAUUGAUAAAUUGCUGAGUCCAGAAUUAUUAGUUUCAAAUUGUGGCAAUCCGGCAUUACGAUUAUUUGGAAUAACCCCAGCUAUUGAUCAAGGGUUUGGUAUUGGAUAUAUUAUCCAUCGUGAUAAAGUUUUGAUUACCGUUUGCUCUAAACAUAGACAGACAGCAAGGUAUUUGGAUACUUUCCAUCGAGUGGUUCAUGACAUAAAAAUUCGCUUGCGUGCCAGUAGUAACUUCUUACUAUCAAUAAGUGAUUCUGAACAAAGAAAAAAUGAGCUUCAAAGAUUAAGAAUUGAACAUGAAUUGAGUAAUGUUUCUUUGGAUGUCCCCACAAUGAAACAUCCUAUCCCCUUGACUAUUGGUAAAAGUGAAAUUUCAAUUGAUAACAUUGCUCUUGAAACUGCCCGCACUGGUCAUAACAAGAGAUCAGAAGAGAAGGCUUUGCAAAACAAUGCUAAUGAUGAUGAUGAUGAUGAUGAUGAUGACGACGAAGACGAUUCAAAAUUUGAAUUGAUGGGAGGUUAUGGAUAUUUUGAUUUUGGUGAAUUAGAAUUGAGAUCCGAUGAGGUAUCGAGAAAUGAAUCGUACUUGAAUAGUCAAGUUCAUUCUAAUCUUUCUAGUGCCAUGUCUUCCAGACGUCAUUCAUUUACCAAUUUGCACAAGAUUGCCAGUAGAUCACAUGAUAGCUCCUUACCACAACAGCUACAACAACAACAGCAACAAAAAUAUGAUAUCAAGGAGAAGCAAUCACUUUCAGAAAGAAUUAGAGAUAAAUUGUCUCAUAGUCAAGACACUUUAUCUUCAGUGCAAUCUGUUUUAGAAGAAGAUGUUCAAAAAAAUGAACCUACGAAAAAAAGUUCAAUUGGGAGGUCAUUAGACAUGUCAAAACUUUCGUGA